GUGUUCCCUGUUCAAUGCGGACUCUUCCUAUAGCUAAGAAGAAACUUCCUGACUUGCCUGUCUUCUUGGAAAACGCCUCCUUGCAUCCCAAAAUCUUCCCAGUCAGAAGCUCUACUCAAUAUAACAAAUAAUGGACUCCCCUGCGCCCCCCUGCAAAUAUUCACGGAUCAGGAGACGAUGAUAAAGAGCACAGUUAAAAAAUUUGCUGAGGAACAAAUUGCUCCUUUGGUUUCAACAAUGGAUGAAAAUGCAAAAAUGGAAAAAUCAGUAAUACAAGGAUUAUUUCAACAAGGGUUGAUGGGUAUUGAAAUUGACACCAACUACGGAGGAACAGGAGCUUCGUUUUUUUCCUCUGUCCUGGUGGUAGAGGAAUUAGCCAAAGUUGAUGCAUCUGUGGCUUUGUUAUGUGACCUCCAGAACACGGUAAUUAACCCGCUGAUUAUGAAACAUGGAACAGAAGAGCAAAAGGCUACCUACUUGACCAAGCUGGCUACAGAAAAAAUAGGAAGUUUCUGCCUUUCAGAGGCUGAAGCAGGUAGCGAUUCCUUUAGUUUAAAGACCAGAGCUGAUAAAAAGGGAGAUUAUUACGUCAUCAGUGGGUCAAAGAUGUGGGUUACCAGUGCCGAGUACGCAGGGCUCUUCCUGGUGAUGGCAAAUGUUGACUCUACCCUGGGCUAUAAAGGAAUUACCUGCUUCUUAGUGGAUCGUGAUACUGAAGGCCUUCAUAUAGGGAAAGCAGAAAACAAAUUGGGAAUCAGAGCUUCCUCCACCUGUCCGUUAACAUUUGGAAACGUCAAGGUUCCAGAAGCCAAUGUCCUGGGACAAAUUGGACAUGGCUAUAAGUAUGCCAUAGGAGUCCUUAAUAAAGGCAGAAUAGGAAUUGCUGCACAGAUGCUGGGACUGGCUCAAGGAUGUUUUGACUUCACUAUUCCAUAUAUUAAAGAAAGGGUACAAUUUGGCAAAAGAAUAUUUGAUUUUCAGGGUCUCCAACACCAAGUGGCUCAAGUGGCCACCCAGCUGGAGGCCGCGAGGUUACUGACAUACAACGCUGCCAGGUUUGUAGAAGCUGGAAGGCCAUUCAUAAAAGAAGCAUCUAUGGCCAAAUACUAUGCAUCAGAGAUUGCAGGACUAACAACUAGUAAAUGCAUGGAGUGGAUGGGAGGAGUAGGCUACACCAAAGAUUAUCCUGUGGAAAAGUACUUCCGAGAUGCAAAGAUUGGUUCAAUAUAUGAAGGAGCUUCAAAUAUUCAGCUGAACACCAUUGCCAAGUGCAUUGAUCCAGAAUACUGACAUCCACAGGAAUGGAACCCCUCCCUGAUGCUGCUGGUGUA